UUCGUUUGUGAGAAGCAACGAGACAUCAGCGUCAUGCCCGAGCCAGCAAAGUCCGCGCCCAAGAAGGGCUCCAAGAAAGCCGUCACCAAGACCGCAGGGAAAGGCGGCAAGAAGCGCCGAAAGUCUAGGAAGGAGAGCUACGCCAUUUACGUGUACAAAGUCCUGAAGCAGGUCCACCCCGAUACCGGCAUCUCCUCCAAGGCCAUGGGAAUCAUGAACUCGUUCGUGAACGACAUCUUCGAGCGCAUCGCCGGAGAGUCGUCUCGCCUGGCCCACUACAACAAGCGUUCCACCAUCACCUCCAGGGAGAUCCAGACCGCAGUGCGCCUGCUGCUCCCCGGAGAGCUGGCC